ACAGAAGAAAACACGAUUAGUGGCCUCCUGCUCCUCAACCAAAAUAUGAAGCCUUUUUCACUCACGUUACCUGCAUUUUGCUCUACAUGCCUUCACCUAUUUCUUCUCUUAAUUACUUUGAACUCACUCUGGUUUGGCCCAGAAACAACUGCCUCCGCAUCAGGAAAUGAAACUGAUCACUUGGCAUUGCUCAAAUUCAAGGAAUCAAUAUCCAAUGACCCAUAUGGAAUCUUGGCCACUUGGAAUAGUUCUACCCACUUUUGCAACUGGCAUGGAAUUACAUGCAGCCCCAUGCAUCAAAAAGUUACUGAGUUGAACCUACAAGGCUAUCAGUUGUAUGGACUCAUAUCUCCACAAGUUGGCAAUCUCUCUUUUCUUAGAAACCUCAACCUCACAAACAACUACUUCUACGGAAAAAUCCCACAGGAGUUGGGUCGAUUGUUACGACUGCAGCAACUCUCUCUCAUCAAUAACACAUUGACUGGGGAAAUUCCUACAAACUUGACCAGUUGCUCUAAUCUCAAAGAGUUACACUUAUCUGGGAACAAUCUGAUUGGCAAAAUACCAAUUGAAAUUGCCUCUUUUCGAAAACUUCAAAUUUUUGCUGUUCGAAAAAACAAUUUAACCGGAGGAGUCCCAGCAUUCAUAGGGAACCUUUCAUCCCUAACAGUUCUCUCGAUAAGUUAUAAUAACUUAGAGGGAGAUAUUCCACAAGAAAUAUGCCUCCUCAAAAAUUUGACAAAUAUAGGAGUGGCUGUCAACAAAUUGCGUGGUAUAUUUCCUUCUUGUCUUUACAAUAUGUCAUCUCUUACUUCAAUCUCAACUGCAAUGAAUCAAUUUAAUGGCUCUCUUCCAUCCAACAUGUUCCACACCCUUCCUAAUCUCCAAUUAUUUGAAAUUGGCCGGAAUCAAAUCUCAGGUCCAAUCCCCACUUCCAUUGCAAAUUCUUCUGUCCUUCAAGUACUUGAUAUCGUUAAAAACCAUUUUGUAGGACAAGUUCCAAGUCUAGGGAAGCUAAAAGACAUAUAUUACCUAAGUUUGUCUCAGAACAAUCUAGGUGACAAUUUAACUACGGAUUUGGAGUUUUUAAAAUCAUUGACAAACUGUAGUAAGUUGCAACAUUUAGGUAUUGCCUACAAUAAGUUUGGAGGUCGUUUGCCAAAUUGCUUGGGCAAUUUAUCCUCCCAAAUCAAUAAACUAUAUAUUGGGGGUAAUCAAAUAUCAGGACAAAUUCCUGCAGAAUUAGGAAAUCUAAUUAACUUAACUCUCUUGGGCAUGGAAAAUAGUCGUUUUGAGGGGAUUAUUCCAUUUUCUUUUGGAAGGUUUCAGAAUAUGCAACUUUUAAAUUUGGGUGGAAACAAGCUGUCAGGAGAUAUACCAUUCAUCAUAGGCAACCUCAGUUUAUUGUAUUUUUUGAAUUUAUCCCAAAAUUUGUUAGAAGGAAAAAUUCCUCUAAGUAUAGGAAACUGUCAAAAUUUGCAAGUUCUAAACCUUUCUAGAAACAACCUUAGAGGAACAAUACCCUUUGAGAUUUUUAAUCUUUCCUCGUUAACAAAUUUACUAGACUUGUCAGACAACUCAUUGAGUGGUAGUCUACCAGAUGAAGUGGGACAAUUGAAAAAUAUUGAUGUCCUAGAUGUCUCAGAGAAUCGUUUAUCUGGUAAUAUCCCUGGGACCAUUGCAGAAUGCUUAAGCUUGGAGUACCUUUAUUUGCAGGGGAAUUCCUUCCAUGGAAUUAUCCCAUCCUCUCUGGCUUCACUAAAAGGUCUUCGACAUUUAGACCUAUCACGAAAUCACUUGUCUGGAUCAAUUCCUGAUGUUUUGCAGAAUAUUUCUUUCUUAGAAUACUUAAAUGUAUCCUUUAACAUGUUGGAUGGUGAGGUACCAACGGAAGGUGUCUUUCGAAAUGCAAGUGAAUUAGCAGUGACCGGAAACAAUAAGCUUUGUGGAGGUGUUUCGGAGCUACAUCUACCGCUAUGCCCAGUCAAACGUGAGAAACAUGCAAAACACCACAAUCUAAGGUUGAUAUCAGCGAUAAUUAGUGUAAUUGCUUUUCUUCUCAUACUAUCAUUCAUUCUCACUUUCUACUGGAUGAGGAAAAGAAACAAGAAUCCAUCUUCUGAUUCACCAACAAUUGACCAGUUGGCCAAGGUUUCAUACCAAAACCUACACCGUGGAACCGAUGGGUUUUCGACAAGAAACUUGAUAGGAUCUGGAAGCUUUGGCUCUGUAUACAAGGGAACUAUUGAGCCCGAAGACACAGUUAUUGCCAUAAAAGUCCUAAAUCUUCAAAAGAAAGGAGCUCACAAAAGUUUCAUUGUUGAAUGCAAUGCACUCAAAAAUAUUAGGCAUCGAAAUCUGGUUAAGAUUUUAACAUGUUGUUCUAGCACAGAUUUCAAAGGUCAAGAAUUUAAAGCUCUUGUUUUUGAGUACAUGACAAAUGGAAGCUUAGAAAGUUGGUUGCAUCCAGCAGCAAAUAUUGCAGAUCAGCAUAGAUCAUUAAACCUUGAGGAGAGGUUAACUAUUAUUACUGAUGUUGCUUCAGCAUUUCAUUAUCUUCACUACGAAUGUGAGCAAACUAUCAUUCACUGUGAUUUGAAGCCUGGAAAUGUUCUUCUUGAUGAUUGUAUGGUAGCUCACGUGAGUGAUUUUGGCCUAGCAAGAUUGCUCUCAAGUGUUGGAGUCUCUCUCACACAAAGUAGCACUGUUGGAAUAAAGGGGACCAUUGGUUAUACUCCUCCAGAGUAUGGAAUGAAUUUUGCGGUGUCAAUUGAAGGUGAUAUGUAUAGUUUUGGAAUUUUGAUUUUAGAAAUGUUAACCAGAAGGAGACCCACAGAAGAAAUGUUUCAAGAUGGUCAUAAUCUCCACAAUUAUGUUGAAAUUUCAAUUUCAAAUCACCUUUUACAGAUUGUGGACCCGACUAUUCUCCCCUACGAAUUAGAACAGGGUACUGGCAAUAAGAAACUUGGUCUUAUGCAUCCUAGUGUAGAGAGAUGUUUAAUUUCUCUUUUUAGGAUUGCACUUGCUUGUUCAAUGGAAUCACCAAAAGAAAGAAUGAGUAUGAUUGAUGUCAUUAGGGAGCUUAAUCUGAUCAAAAGUUUCUUCCCUUCUAGGAUUUAGUGGAGGCAAGUUACAUUGUGUCAUCAUGCUAUUGCUACCGGAAAAUGCUUACAAAUGUUUCAUUUUAUUUUCCUCUUCACAUUGUCUAUUUGUAAUCUAGUUAAUG